CUCUGUGCCUCCCCCGUGUAAUCCCCAGACAUCCACGAGGAAGAGACAUAGAUACAGCAUUUCCUGUUGCUGGUCUUUGCUGUUGUGCUCUUCCGAACGAAAAGUGGUGACAUCGCGACAUCAUCGACUUCGGCAGCUUAAUCGAUGAAAGCUUUACAAAGAGAAUACGACUUCAGGACAACUAAGUCACUGUGCACAAAAUGUUUACCUCAUAACAGCCAGAAGCACGCCCAAUGAAGAGUCCUGCGUAGGCUCACCAGCUCACAAAACAACUCCUCCUGGCUCUCCAUCGCACCGAGCUCUCGAAAUCCUUUCCACAACUCCUCCCGGCUCGCCACCAUCACUUAGGUUGAGCCUGCUUUCCCUCAACAAGCCCGACACUCUCAAAUCGACCUCGAAUCCAACUAGCAAAGUUGAAGGCAACGUCUUCGCAAUGGAUAAAAAGCUGCGCCAGAACAAACCUCGGCUCCUGCUGAUGGGACAGCGACGAAGCGGCAAAUCCUCGAUAACUAGUGUGGUUUUCCACAAAAUGCCUCCCCAAGAGACUCUUUUCCUCGAAUCCACGACACGUAUCCAGAAAGACUCGGUAAGGUCAUUCAUGGACUUCCAAGUGUGGGAUUUUCCUGGUCAACUUGACUAUUUUGAUCCUACAUUCGACACUACAGAAAUCUUCUCGGAAAUUGGUGCCCUUGUCUGGGUCAUUGACGCACAAGAUGACUACAGUGAUUCUUUGAAUCGGCUCACCACCACAAUCAUAAAUCUCCAAAACACAUUCCCCCACAUCAAUGUUGAGGUGUUCGUCCACAAAAUCGACAGUCUCAACGAAGAGCUACGCUCCGACAUCUAUCAAGACAUUGUUCAACGUGUCAAUGAUGACCUCAGCGAUGCCGGAUACAUCAACCCCAACAUCACGUAUCACUUGACAUCCAUCUAUGACCAUUCCAUCUUCGAAGCUUUCAGUAAAGUCAUUCAGAAGCUCAUUCCCCAGCUCAACACACUCGAAAACCUCCUUACUAUCCUCGUCAAUAACUGCGGAAUGGCGAAAGCGUACCUAUUCGACAUUCUCAGCAAGAUCUAUGUUGCCAGUGAUAGCGGCCCGAUCGAUAUGGAAGUCUACGAGAUGUGUUCGGAUUACAUAGACGUCAUUGUGGACAUCACGGACAUCUACGGAUAUGAACGCAGUCACAACGUGGUGCUGGGAGAACAGAUGCAGGAAGCAGAAUCUUCAGUCACCGUACAUGAUGGAACGAUGAUCUACUUGAAGGAGAUGAAUCGGUACCUCUGCCUAGUGUCUGUAAUAAAGAAUGAUGAGGCAAGGGAUAAGAAGGGUCUAAUCGACUACAACUGCCAUAUCUUCCAGGAUGCGCUUAAUGAGGUCUUUGCCCGAAACUGGGAGAAGGACAAAGCAGUCACGAAUGGAAAUGGCGAGCAGCAAGCCGAUGCUGAUGCUAAUGCUGAUGCUGCAUCGGCGUAGACUCUGCAUUGACUCCGUACUGGAUUCGAUGAUUGAGGAGUACAUAGUCCUAGAAGUCAAUUGAUAAUGUUGCACAGGUGAAGAUGAA